AUGGAAACUAUUAAGAACGCUGCUAAUGCUGUUAGCGAUAAAAUCAGUGAAGUAAUCAGUGGUUCAUCAGCAGAAUGUCACAAGGAACAAGCUAAAGAUUCAAGCAAUACUGUUGGUGAACGUGUUGGUGCUGGCAUUGAUUAUGUUAAAGAUAAAGCUGAAGAAGCUGGUCAUGCUGCAUCAAAAGAAGUUAAUAAACAAAAAGCAACGCAUUAG